AUGCACCGUUUAAGGAAAUAUUUAAUAACGUAUUGGGAGGAUAUACUGACUGGAUUGGAAGCUAUUACCGAUUAUGUGAUCGAUUUAUUCGAUACUGAUGUAUCAGAAGUCCGUGUAUGUAAAGAUUCAUUCAAGAUGAUUGAAUGGGUGAACAGUAGACAAACAACACCAUUGAAAAAAAUAGUUUACAUGGCCACGGCCUGGAGUCCUUGCUCAUCGGAAGAUGAAAUGAAUUAUAUUCUGAGGGAUUGCCGAUGUUCAUCUGAAAUACUCAUAUACUCAGAAACUCCGCCCAAUUUUCGCUUCUUGAAUAACUUCCGCAGAAUCGACUGCCUAGAUAUCAGUAAUUCCAAAUGGGUAACAAUUGAUAACCUAUUGAGCAUGGAUGGGAUCGAUAUUAUUCUCGGAUCAUCUACACUGACUAGUACUGAUUUGAAUGUCUUUCUGAAGCACUGGCUGUCUGGAGGGUGUCCGAGACUCAAGCUUUUCUUGGCUAGAAUUGAUACCGUGGAUGUCUCACAAUUACUUGAUGGUCUCGUGCAUAACGCCGUUCUCGUGGUGGAUCGUCGAGACUACACCAGCCCAUUUGGACACAUGAGAACUUUGCCAUCUGGAGUCGAUAUACGACGUGCGGAUGGUGUGACAGCUACUGUAUGCUAUCAGCAGACUGGAAAGUUCGUCAUUGCUGUUUGGCCAGAGACCACUUAUAAUUACAAUUAA